AGCUAUAUAAACGCCCGGAAAACUUCUUAUCGGCAGUCAGUUCUUGAAGAACGCUGAAACAACUCAAUCGCUUGCUGUGAUAGUGUGAUAAACCCCUCCCAAAACCAAACAACGAAGAUGGCAUCGUUCAAAGUUACCAUUCUAUUCGUCGUCGUGGCGCUGCUUGCCCUCGUGAGCGCCAUACCAGCACCACAACAGCCCGCGCGACAGCCGAUCGCUCCAGGACCUGUCGGAGCUGCUCCAGCCGAUGAUCUCGAGGCAGCCUCGGAGGAUAAGGACCUGAAAGGUGCCUCCUCGUACGGAUACGGAUUUUAUGGCGGUUACCCUGGUUACUAUGGCGGAUACUACCCAUACAGCUACUCCUACGGUUAUGGUCGCUACCCAUACUAUCGUUACGGAGGACUGUACGGAGGAUACUGGUACUAGGCGUUCCCUGAUUCGACCCACCGCUUUUCAUCCCCAUGAGCGUGAUCCAUGUCCAUACCAGCGCUACCCGUCCCCGGUUCUACUCGUGAUUUCUUCCAUCCCAUACCUGACACUCAGUAUCUUCGCUCUUCCCGUGCGCACUCGGAAGAAAGCAUAAAUUCUGAUCCAACCUGAUCGAUCUGAUAAAUUAAUCCAGAUGGUCGUCGAUUUACUUGUUCGAUGGUACCUCCCACUACUAACUGGCAUGAAGUUCUUUCCCGCUUCAUUACAAACGGCUAAAAGAAGUUGUGCCUCGGGGGUGGUUUAGGUAAUUCGUUUGUUGUAUUCUCUGUUUAUUAUAAAAACAAAAAAUGCUGCCGAGUUUAAGUGAAAACAAAAACACACAAAAAAUCUAUUGUAUAUAUUCUAUAUUUUCUAAUUAAAUCUUUUACCAAAA